AUGUUCUUUGUACACGUGCUCUUCCUGAUUAUUCCCGCUUUCGACGCUCUGGAGUUACCCCGUGGUGUAUCUCUUCCAAGAGCCUCCUUCUACCAGGUUGGUCAACCUUUCAAGUGCUUGGACGGGUCCGGUGUUAUUGCCUGGUACCAAGUUAACGACGAUUACUGUGACUGUCUGGACGGAUCCGACGAACCUGGAACGAGCGCAUGUGUGAACGGUCAAUUCUUUUGCCAAGAUACACAGUACAAAGUGGUCUCUCUGCGUUCAUCUUUUGUUAAUGAUGGUGUUUGUGAUUGUUGUGACGGAAGCGAUGAAUAUGCCGGUCGGGUAACGUGCGAAUCGACUUGCGGUGCCCUGGCUGCCGCUGUUGAGCAAGCACGUUCUCUCAAACGAAGAGAAGUAGAGCGUGGUCACUCAAUUUUCAAAGAAUACGUUACCAAGCUCAAAGUAAGGCGUGAAGAAGAACGUAUUGCCGCAGAGCAGGCUGAACGCGAGCGUCAAUUGAAAGCUGAAGAGGAUGAAGAACCUUCGGGGUCGCAGGUCACACCACCAUCCCAAACUUCCCCAGAACCACAUAGCGGACAGUCAGUGGAAGUUCCAUUGGAACCGCAAUCCUUCGAUUCCUCCAAGAGCUCCGAAUUCGAGGACCCAGCGAUCAAAGAUCGCGGUGAACAUGACGUUCCUGUGGAACAUGAGGACGAACCUCACCAGGAGGAGAGCGACCAAUCUGAAAACGCUGAAGGUCAUCAUAAUGACGAGUCACCGCCACUACUACCACCACCGAAACCGGAACCGAUGCUUGGACAACCCAGCAGUAUUCCGACCCUCGUGCUUCCUUUGGAUGGCAUGGUAACCAGGCACCGAAAGAUUGUUACAGACCUACCAGAAUGCCUGGAGUACACGGAUCCGCAGUAUACAUAUCGAUUCUGCGCCUUCAAAGACAUCCAUCAGCGUGAUAAAGGAAGCACCGCAGACGGCACUCUUCUCGGGAGAUGGUCUGGCUGGGCUACGGAGCAAGAAGAUGCUCCUGUGGAACAAAAAUAUAGCCUCAUGAAAUUCAGUGACGGAUGGGGUUGCUGGAAUGGUCCGGCGAGGUCGGUGAAGGUUCAUGUUCACUGUAGCGAUGAGAAUAAAAUAACGGACGUGAAGGAACCUUCUCGAUGUGAAUAUGAGAUGCAGUUAUAUACACCGGCCGCCUGCUUCCAGCAUCCAGAAGUUUUGCUUAGGCGAAUUCAUGAGGAACUUUGAUCGGUUUCAAAUUUUGUCAAGUUCAUCGGUGACAUUUUAAUAUGGGAU